AUGGACAAAUUGAAAGAAAAGGGCUUCAUCAAGCUCAAAAUUACUCUAAAUGAUUCAGAAAAAGCUCAAAAUAUUUUUUUAAGAGCAGACAGCGAAGAUCCUGAAGAAAAAUCUGUUUAUUUAGUAAACGUUCCAGUUACUACCACUGAAAAAGUUUUACGAAAUGCCAUGUCGAAAUUAGGAGGACGACUUGUCUCUGUAUACCCUUCAAUUCAAGGACUAUUAAAGGCAGGAACAAAUUUACGCGUGAAAUUGUUGGAAAAAGCUGAAGUAAAACAUGUGUUAAAAGCAGCUUCAAAGAGCUCAACAACUAUUCCUUGGGUUUACUCACAAUCAUCAGGGCUAAAACGUUAUUUAGAAAAAUAUGAUCGACAAUUUCCCAACGCUCAAGUCUUGGAAGAAAGUGUUGAGGGGUAUAUGAAGAGAUUAACAAACCAAGAAAUAACAGAGAAGAAUCGUCUUCGUAAGUUGAGAAAUCAACCCGACGAAGAUGGUUUUAUCCCUGUUGUUCGAGGUACCCAUCAAUCGGUUGGUAAUCCUGAAGAAGCUGAAAGGCUUUUACAAAAGAAGAAAGAGACAGGAAUUCACAAGGACUUUUACCGUUUCCAAUUACGAAACGAGAAAAAGAAGAAGUUGCAAGGCUUGGCUCACAAAUUUGAAUUGGAUAAGCAACGAAUUGAACAACUUAAAGUUAAUCGACGUUUUAAUCCUUAUUAA